AUGAGGUUUCUCUGUCUGCCCGGCGCAUACGGCAGCGCUGAUAAAUUCCAAGUUCAACUAGCUCCCUUCUUGAAAGAGCUUACCGAUGAUGGUACCGCCUCAUUCUACUUCUGCCAUGGCCCAUGCAAGGCGGUUCCCCCUCCCGGCUUCGAAGACUAUUUUGGCCACCCACCAUACUACAGGUUCAUCGAGCCCGAUGAUAAGCCGGACGCGCCUCGAUUCAUCAAGAGAGCAAAGAAAGACGAUGUGCUCUCUCGUAUCCGCGAAUUCCCAUCCUGGUGCGAAACCCCCGAGGACACCAUGCGAGAGCUGAUGCGGGAGGGUCUUGCAACAUCUCACCGCAGUGCCGACCGCGCGAUCAAGUACCUUACGGAGGUGAUGGCCAAACACGGUCCCUUUGAUGGCAUCAUCGGCUACUCCGAAGGUGCGACUGUCGCUGCGACAAUGCUUUUGCACGAGCAGAGGCUAUUCCGCAAAGUUGGAAUCGAACCCAUGUUGAAGUACGCGAUAUUUUUCGCAGGCUGGCCACCGGUUGAUCCGAUCACGCACCACCUGGUGUUAUCGGACGAGAAUGAGGACAGGAUAGACAUCCCGACCUUGCACAUUGUGGGCUCUUUGGACCCAUACAUUGAUGGCUCCAUGGCGUUGUACAACGUCUGUGACGCAGAUACUGCCUAUCUCUUCGACCAUGCCAAAGGACACACGCUCCCUCGUGACAGGGAGACAAACCGGGAAAUCGGGGAUAUUGUGCGACAGGCCAUCGAAGAGAUGAGGGAUGGGGGCGUUCUACCAUAA